AUGCCAAGAAGACAACUCACAGAAGGGCAGGCAGCUCAAAUUGUUGCUCUGCUGCGUGAAGGAUUUAAUCAGCGUUAUGUUGCAAGACGUUUGGAUGUAAGUCAAUCGACUGUUAAUCGAGCUUGGAAUCGUUUUCUGGACAUUCGGAGUUUCACUAGACGAAGUGGUCAGGGUCGUCGACGUAUUACUAACAGGAGAAUGGACAGACGGAUUGUUAGAACAGUUCUCAAUAAUCCUGCUAUUGCCGCAACUCGAGUGGUUAACGAAAUUUGUCAACAAAAUCGCGUUAGUGAUCAGACUAUUCGGCGACGACUGCAUGAAGCUGGUUUAAGAAGCAGAAAUCGCGUACGUGUUCCAGCGCUAACACUAAAUCAUCGUCGUGAUCGUCUAGAAUAUGCACAAACUCACGUACAGUGGACUGUACGACAAUGGAGAAAUGUUUUAUUUACCGAUACGAUUCCAAGCUCGAUUAACAGUCGAUUGACUUACAUCCAAACGUCUUGCAACAUAACGCUGAUUAAAUCCUUCACGCAGCAGAGCAACAAUUUGAGCUGCCUGCCCUUCUGUGAGUUGUCUUCUUGGCAUUUCGAAAAGAAAAUAAACUUUCGAUAG